AUGAAGAAGCCUAAUAAUCAGAGCAACAGCUUCAAUAAUACCGGCAAACUUAACGUUAAUUCAAAAAUUCGCAACAUCAGCAAAAUAGCCAAGUACAUAUCAACGACUACAACUGCAGCGUCAUCGUCGCCAAGAAAAACAACAACAUCAACAAAGAUUGAUAAUAAAGUUGGGAAUAAAGAAGGUUUCAGUGAACAUCUAGGUAAGGUUGAAAGUUCAAGACGAAAUGUCGUUGAAGUUAGAAAUAUUGUAGAACGUAAGAGAGUCAAGAUUGUACGGAAGCCUGAUGAUAAUUUUAAUGGGGUCAAGCAUAGAGGUAGGGAUAACGUUGAGAGAGUAAGUAAUGAAGAGAACAUAAAAAUGAGGUCACGUGUAGGACAAGUCGAAACGAGGUCACCUUAUAUAGGUCAGGUUAAGAGGUUGUGUCCUUGUGUGCUGGAUUUGUAUGGAGAGGUGUAUGAUGUUGAUGAUGAUGUUUUAUGA